UCUCUCAUCUCUGCUUCUGCUCUCCGUUUAUCUCUGGCUCCUUAACUGCUUGGUGCCUCGGUUUCUUCUACGUCUGUGAGGAUUAAACAGAAAACGCAGCAAGCCCCCGGUGCACCUCGGCCCCCGGUUCCUGCCGCCGUGGUCGCCUUCACCUCCUCCCUCUCCUCCCUCUCACCUCCGUGUUCUCCCAUCUUCUCCUCCCUUGCCUCUGGGGCAGCACCGUUUCGUUUUGUUCCUGGGGCAGGAGGUUACGGGGAGGGCACCAGCGGCAGCAGCGUCCAGGCCGGAGGGGCUCAGGUCUGUGCCUCCCUCGGAGGAUCUGGUCCUGGUCGCCGGCAGACAGGCUGGACGGGAAGCUGCGGGAGGGCAGGGCCCCAGGAAAUGCCCCGUCGGGAGGGGCCCUGGGGGUGAGAGAAUUGAGGAGCUCCCUGGGCACUGGAGGGAUGGGGGUUCCUCACCACCAGGUACUCAGGGGGACCCGUCCUCACUGGGCGCUGGGGGACUCUCCUUACUGGGUGCUGGAGGACCCGCCUUCACUGGGCGCUGGGACCCUCUUCACUGCGUGUUGGGACCUCCUCCUCACCGGGCACUGGGAUUCCUUCUUACUGGGUAUUGGAGAACCUUUCUCACUGAGCAUUGGGGGCCCCUCACCACUGGGUCCCGGCGCCCCUCACUGGCCUGACCAAUUCCUUCUCUUGCCCUCAGCCACCCUCAAUGCGGCCAGGAUACCUGCUCCCCCAGCCUGUGGGAAGCCCCAGCAGCUGAACCGGGUUGUGGGCGGCCAGGACAGUGACGACAGUGAGUGGCCCUGGGUCGUGAGCAUCCAGAAGAAUGGAACCCACCACUGCGCCGGCUCCCUGCUCACCAGCCGCUGGGUGAUCACCGCUGCCCACUGUUUCAAAGACAACCUGAACAAGCCGUCUCUGUUCUCUGUGCUGCUGGGGGCCUGGCAGCUGGGGAACCCUGGCUCUCGGUCCCAGAAGGUGGGUGUCGCCUGGGUGCAGCCCCACCCUGUGUACUCCUGGAAGGAGGGUGCCCGUGCGGACAUUGCCCUGGUGCGUCUGGAGCACUCCAUACAGUUCUCGGAACGGGUCCUGCCCAUCUGCCUGCCUGAUGCCUCUGUCCACCUCCCUCCAAACACCCACUGCUGGAUCUCGGGUUGGGGGAGCAUCCAAGAUGGAGUGCCCCUGCCCCACCCUCAGACCCUGCAGAAGCUGAAGGUUCCCAUCAUUGAUUCGGAAGUCUGCAGCCGCCUGUACUGGCGGGGAGCAGGACAGGGAGCCAUCACUGAGGACAUGUUGUGUGCUGGCUAUUUGGAGGGGGAGCGGGAUGCUUGUCUGGGCGACUCCGGGGGCCCCCUCAUGUGCCAGGUGGACGGCGCCUGGCUGCUGGCCGGCAUCAUCAGUUGGGGUGAGGGCUGUGCCGAGCGCAACAGGCCCGGCGUCUACAUCAGCCUCUCAGCUCACCGCUCCUGGGUGGAGAGGAUCGUGCAAGGCGUGCAGCUCCGCGGGCGCGCGCGGGGGACUGGGGCCCUCAGGGCACUGAGCCCAGACUCCGGGUCCGCCGCGCGCUCCUAGGGCGCAGGGGGACUCGGGGCUGGGAUCUGGCCCGGCCAGAUCCAGAGCUGGAACUGGAUCUGCGGCGGGCUGGGGCAGUUUCCCCCGCUGUAAAUAGACCCAUCUACCUCUGGGGGCAUCCGCAUACCCGGCGUACCGCUGCUACCGAAAGAAGGCCCCGCCCCGCCGCGCUCCGCUCGGCGGCCUCCAGCCCCGCCCCCAAGACGUCAGGCCCCGCCUCCGGGCCCCAGUGCCCUUGUGUAUAUAAACGUUAAUGAUUUUUAUAGCUAUUUGUAAUCUUUCCCACAUACCUUAUUUAUUCCUCCAAUUUCAAUAAAUUAUUUAUUCUCCAG